UAGCAUCUUCACAGUUCACAAUAUUUCAUCAUCCUUCGCGUUUAAGCAAAUAAUAUAUGAAAUUUUCAAAAGAUAACACAAAAGACAAUACACAAUUCACACCCAUCCUCCUCCACCCUCUUGAGCUUCCCACUCCACCAUCCUCUUCCUUCCAGCAUCCCUUCCUCCCUCCACUCUCUUCUCUCUCUAUAAAUUGGUAUCCUACUGUUUUCACUGUCGUAUAGGGCUAACACUGAGCUUCCUUUUCAUGUGAGCUUAUAUGAUAAACAUUCUUUCCAAUGAUUCUAAGCCUUUCCCACCUUCUCACUCUCUCUUCUUCUUGAAACUUUCCCCUCUCAAACACAACUUUCCUCUCCAUUCCUCAUCCCUCUCUCUCCAAAAUCUUCUCAUAAAUUCCAAGCAAUUACCAGCCCCUCUCCCUCCCCCCCUCCCUCUCUCUCUGCACACACCCAAUUAUUUACCUCUCUCAAGUUUAUAUUCUUUCCCCCAAAAUCUCUCUCCUCUCCCUCUGUGAGUGUCUCUGUAAGUUGCAGCUAUUUACUUUCAAAAAGCUCUUUCCUUUCUCUUCAAAACCUCUAUCUCUCUAGUUUUUUUUUUUUUUCUGUUCCAAGAUCACACCUUUCUCUUGAAAGCUCCAGUCUUUUCCAAAUCUGUAGAAAUCCCACUUCACAAAUCCCUCUCCAAACCUAAAACCAUUCGGAAAAGAUGUCUCUCUGUUGUGGAGUAGAAUGUGUAGUUAUAUUAGGCUUUGCGCGCUGGGUUUGGAAACGUUGCACAUACAUUAGUGGUAAUGACAGUGCAAACUGGACAUUAGCAUCACCAGAAGAGUUUGAACCAAUCCCUCGUAUGUGCCGUUUAGUCCUUGCUGUCUACGAACCAGACCUUCACAACCCUCAAUUCAUUCCUCAACAUGGUUUCCGAAUAAACCCUGAUUGGGUUAUCAAACGUGUAACUUAUGAACAAACACAAGGGCGGGCCCCUCCUUACGUAAUUUACACAGACCAUGAAAAUAAAGAGAUUGUUUUGGCGGUUAGGGGAUUGAAUUUAUACAAAGAAAGUGAUUAUAAAACGUUGUUAGAUAAUAGAUUAGGAAUGCAGAUGUUUGAUGGAGGUUUUGUGCAUCAUGGGUUGAUGAAGUCUGCUGUUUGGUUAUUGAAUGAAGAAGGGGAGACAUUGAAGAGGUUGUGGGAGGAGAGUGGGAAAGAGUAUGAUAUGGUUUUCGCUGGGCAUUCUUUAGGGUCAGGUGUAGUGGCUUUGUUAACUGUUAUAGCGGUUAAUCAUAGAGAUAAGUUAGGUGGGAUUUCUAGAGAGAAGAUUAGGUGUUAUGCUAUGGCUCCGGCAAGGUGCAUGUCUCUUAAUUUGGCUGUUAAGUAUGCUGAUGUUAUUCACUCUGUUAUCUUGCAGGAUGAUUUCUUACCAAGAACAGCUACUCCAUUGGAAGACAUCUUUAAGUCAAUCUUCUGCUUGCCCUGCUUGUUGCUUUUGGUUUGUUUGAGAGAUACCUUCAUUCCAGAAGGUAGAAAGCUUAGAGAUUCAAGAAGAUUUUAUGCCCCUGGACGAAUGUAUCAUAUUGUAGAGAGAAGAUUUUGCAGAUGUGGGAGGUUUCCUCCAGAGGUCAGAACUGCCAUUCCUGUAGAUGGAAGGUUUGAACACAUUGUCUUAUCAUGUAAUGCCACAUCUGAUCAUGGAAUUAUUUGGAUAGAAAGGGAAUCAGAGAAAGCCUUGCAGAAAAUGAAGGAAAUUGAUUCUGGAACCAUUACAACUCCUCCAAAAGUACAGAAAUUGGAAAGGAUGCAGACAGUUGAGCAAGAACACAGGGAUGCAUUGGAAAGAGCUGUCAGUUUAAAUAUUCCUCAUGCUGUGACCACCCCAGAUGUAGAACCCUUGAAGGAUAACAGGACAGAGCCUUCCCUGUCCGAAGGUGUCCAAGCCUCACAAUUCAAAUCGACCUCCACUGGCAGAAAGACUAACUGGGAUGAAGUGGUUAAAAAUCUUUUCAAGAAGGGCGAGUCAGGACACCUUGUUUUAAACAAAGAAGUAUCUGCUCCAACUCACAACAUUUCUGUUGGCCAACCUUCAUGAGUACAAUUUAUUCUUUCAUUCGACCUUUUAGUAAGCUGAAAGUGUGUGUAUAUCUUGUGUACAACUCCUGCUAAGAUGCCAUACAACCCCUGGUUUGCAGCAAUGGGAGAAGAUGGGGAACCUGCGUAGAAAUGCACCCCCACCCUUCAUCUUUAUAAUCACUUUUGUUCUUUGGGUGCUUCUCUCGCUCGGAAGGGGUUUUUCAUUGGAUUUGUUCAUGCUAUUUGUCAUUCUCAGAUGCAAAAUCUUGUCUAGAGUGCAAAAAAAGCCAAGGAUGAAAAAGAAAACCCUUGUGAAAACAUUGCAUCAGCUCAGCUUCUGAAAUUGUAUACUCAUCCUUCGUGAUGCUUUCUCAUGUAAGGGCUUGUUAGCCGCGUUAAAGAAUUCCAAGUUCAAUUUUUUGGAGCAAAA